AUGUCCGUGAUGACCCCCGACGGGAAGCUACUAUACCAAAGGGCGAAUAUCUAUAUGACUCUCCCAAACUCAUAUCCAGAUGAUAAUAACCCAAAUCUCCGCAAGCCAAUCUCUUUGCCCAGCCCCCAGGAUGCUGGUCCGGAUUUUCCCCUCCCAAAGAUCACCUUUAUCAGUGGACGAACGCGACUACCAGCCUAUCGACGGGUUAUUGACGCGAUACGAAAGGACGGGAAAGAUCCGGACGAGAAAGACUGGAAAGCUGCUUCGGCGGAAAAUCAAGGGCUCGUGCCUCAACCGCUGCUAGUUCAAAUGGCUGCACACUUGCAAGUUCACAAAGGUGAUUCGCCAAAAGAUAUUAUCACAGGAAAAGUCGCACUUCUCGAAAUCGUCUUGAAGAAUUCAACAAACCCUCAGCAACUUGAGCUCUCACGAUUCUUUAGCUUGUUUCCCGAGAGAUGGACGAUUCAGCGCGCGACCGGGUAUACAGUGCAAACAUGGCCCUACCUCAAGGAUACAUGGUUCGUGCCGACCAACGAAGAAGGCCAACCCUUACCUAUUCCCCAUGGCGCAUCCGACUUAACUAAUCCAAGCUCGAAAGUCCUAAUCGUUCAGCCGCGAGCGGAUAUCCCACCUAAUAUGCGAUCGGUAACUUGGAGCCCAGACGUGAUGAAGAAUAUUAUCAAGGCCCAUGAGAAAAUCGAUGGAGUACCCGGAACUGAUAAGACUAUUCUUGCGUUAUACGCUCCACGGAUGGGAUUACAGGAGGGUAGUUCACAAGGCCAACCGAAAAGCUCAACUACUCCAGUGAAACAGCAAUCAAAGGUCACUCCAAGUACCCCACUCGGACCGCGCGAUGAUAUAUCCCUAUCUCACGAAUCAACUGGGACUUCCGCUGACGAUUUGAAAACAAUCAGCUGGGCGCGUUCACAAAUAAAGGCUGCAUUCAAGAGCCUUCCUGUUAUUGACCAAAUACUAGCGAAUAUAGAAGAAGAAGAAGUCAAGCGCAAGCGCAGUCUCCUAGUUCCCGCUCGGAAUACCACUAUUAGUCCCCCGGUUCGGAAUACUACUAUCAGUCCUCAGUCGCAGGCUAACUCCACCCCUACCAAGAAACGCAAAAAGGGAACGAAUACAGUACUAAUUCACCAACAACCUGGCGGGAAGACGAUAGCCGGAUACAAUCAGCACCUGAUACCUAAGUCCCUAGAGCACCCGGAUAGCACCGAUAAGAAUGAUAACCCGGAGGACGAUGACAACAGUGAAGAGGAUGAUGAUAACGACGGUUCAGCAUCGGACUCAGACGAAGAAGACUCGGCCGAGAAUAUCCCACUACCCGCCACUGUAAAUCGCGAACCUUCUCCAGCCUCCGACUCAAGCGCCUUCAACUCCGAAGAAGAAUGGGAAUUCCACAUCAACGCGCGCAAACAUACUCACCCAGGUGAAGAAAGUAUAAGAACAGAUGAUAUCAAUGCAAUAUUGCGAGCAAUAGAGAAACGGCGUAGACUGAAAAGGGGAAAGGCUAGGAAAACUGGAAAGGAGAAGACAGGAUUGUGA